CUGACAUCAAGAACUGAGCUGAUCUUUUGAAUAAAAUGAUGUGGAUUUUAAUUCUCCUCAUUUGUUCCAUUCCUGUUUCAUCAUUUCUGUGGACAAACACGAAAGUAACAGGAAUUGUGGGAAGAUCAAUCACAAUAAAUUGUCGAUACAACUCACCGUUCAAGCCCAACAUGAAAUACUGGUGUCUUGGAUGGACUAUACAAUGCUCAUAUUUAGUGAGAACAACUGAUCCAGGCGGACAGCGAGGAAGAAUAUCAAUCAAGGAUUACGAGGCACAAGGAGUAUUUGUUGUGACCAUGGAGGAUCUUCGCAGGGAAGAUGCAGGAUGGUACAGCUGUGGUAUUGAUAAACAAGAUAGUGAUCAAUUAUGUGCCGUAAAGCUUGAAGUAUCUGAUGAACCUGUGUCUGUCCCUGAAAUUAGAUUUUUAACACCAAAUAUCUGGUGCUUUGAGAAUCUAGUUUCUGUCUCCUGUGAGUCUGUCCAGGGAUCCUUUCCCAUUCGGUACACAUGGUAUGAAAGGAUCCGAUCUGUAGGUUCAAAGAUUUCUGAGAACAAUAUACUGGAUCUACAUUGUCAAUUAUUCAAACAGCAAGAUCAUCAAUAUUACUGCAUAGCCUCAAACACUCAGGGAGAACAAUACAGUGAAAUGGUUAAAGUGACAAUCGUCCACAGAUCAGAGAGGAACUGCAUUUUCCUGGCACAGAUUGGGAGCCGAGGUUCAGGUGUAGUGCCGGUGAAAAGUAAAGUAACAGGAGUUUUGGGAAGAGCGAUCACAAUAGACUGUCACUAUGACCAAUGGUUACGAUGGUCUGUGAAACUUUGGAUGCGCCAAUGCUCUGUUUUAGUAAAAUCAAGUGAACAUCAUGGACAACGAGGAAGGAUGUCGAUCACAGAUAACAUGACACAAAAUAAAUUUUCUGUUACUAUGGAGGAUCUUCGUUAUGAAGAUGCAGGAUGGUACAGCUGUGGUUUUGACCAAUCCAGCCUCAUUUCAGUGUCUGCUGUAGAGCUGCAAAUAUCUGAUGAACCAGUGUCUCUUCCUGAACUUAGAUUUUUAUCAUCUCCACCAAAUGCCUCAUGUUUUGGGAGCUCGGUGUCAAUCUCCUGUGAAUCUGUCCAGGGAUCCCUCCCCAUUCACUACACAUGGUAUGAAAGAACCCCAUCUGAAGCUUCAAAGAUCUCUAACACCAGUAAACUGGAUCUACAUUGUCAAUCCUUCACACAGAAACAUCAUCAAUAUUACUGCACAGCCUCAAAUACUCAAGGAGAAAAAUCCAGUGAAAUGGUUAAUGUGUCAGUCACACACAGACCAGGGGAGAACUGCAGUUAUGUGGCACAAAUCAGCACCAGUGGAGCUGAUGACUGUUAUGAAAUUUCAACAGUAUCAUCGACAACUACAAAUUCAAUCAUCAUGUCUCAACUUGAUAUAAGGUAAAGAUGGUGUAGGUGCUGGAACAGAUAAUGCUUUUGAGAAUCAGCAAAUGGUAGAAGCAGAAGAGAACAUUGUAUAUUCAAGUAUUCACAAUCAAAUCAGGUCAAGACAGAGUGAAGGAACUGUCCAUUUCAAGAAUACUACAAAUGGAGUCAUAUAUGCAGAUUUACACUUUCAAAAGAAGUCUUCAGCACGGAGUGGUGAGACAUCAAGUUGUUCAGCUAACAGGGGCAAUGCCCUGGUUCAGAGCCAGCUUCCAGAGGACAAUGUGGUCUCUUCAACAACAGAGAAUCCACCAGAAUCUGAAAUGGCAAUUUAUGCUAAUGUUAAAUGUUAAAAAAUCUAUUCAUGUGGAUUUGUGAUGAACAUUUCUUCUUCUUACUUUGCAAUUUAAUUUCAUCUGUGAAGCACAACCCUAUUUUGAGAAAUUCUUCAACAAUUUGUGUUGUUACCUCCAACUCAACUCCUAGUCCUCACACCGAAUGAUGCAGCAAGGACUGCCCUGACUAUAACCUGGCAGUGGGUUGGUGUCACAGUGAAUGCAAUUUUCAUUUUUCUUGAAGGCAAUGAAUGCCCUCCUCCAAGAGCAGACACUUCCAAGUUAAAUGCUCCCAUGGGCAUUUUGUAAGGAAAAUGAAUUUAUCUGCUUACAUGUGAGGACAGAUCCCAAAUUUGUCUUCAGACCAUUUGAUGCUGACUUCCAUAUUUACACUGGCCCUGGAAAAUGUUGAACUUACUGAGUAGGACACUCACCAACAGAAAGGUUCCCCUCUUGUGUAGAGAGCUGACUUCAUGAGAAGCAUCACAAGCAGAAUGCUACCAUCAAGUCAAAAAAUGGUUUUCUGAAAAUGUUCUUACACAAAUAAAUCAUGUGGAAUAUGAA